AUGGCUCCAGAAGUGGUGGUACCAGCAAAUUUUGGGAAGCACCACCUGAAGUCUCGCUCACACAGUAACCUGGAACUGUUGUGUGAUGAAGGAGAGAUAAAGCGAGCUAACUCCAUGAUACUGUCUCUAAACAGCCCUGUUAUAGAUGAUCUGAUCUCUAGACUUGACAUUACUUCUCUGGACGUGCAGGACUUUGGAGCCCCUGCUGUGGGGUGUUUUGUUGAAUCUAUGUACAGUGGAGAACUGGAGAAGUGUGAUAAGAGUAACUUUAGAGACCUGAAUAAGAUGGGACAUGUUUUCAAUGUGAGCUGGUUUACAGAGAGAUGUUUGGAGUACUUUACGGAGCAUGUUGAUAUGUUGACUGGGAGGUGUUAUGAGGAUGUUUUGUUUGUGGUAGAGGAGGCUAGGUUUGUUGAAGACAGUCAGAAGAAGGACAACUUUACUUGUUUAGUUGAAGAUAAGCUGAACACGAUGAGAAAUAGGAAGAGUAUCUUCUUGAAACAGUAUGCUAAUGAUUUGGACAGAAUUUCUAUGAGUCAACUUAAGAUGGUUAUCAAAUUAGCUGGAUCUGAUGUUGGAAUUCUUGUGCCAAUUCUUGUAACACACCUUCAGAAUGUUGGUGCCUGCUCUUUAUCUGAAUCAUCGAGGUACCUGUUCAGAAAUAUAGAUUUUAUGCAGAGACCCGUUAACAUCAAGAUCGCCCUGGGCCAGGUUGCAAAGAAACUGAAGGAACUGUAUCCUGAUCUCAAGGACGACUCGUCUCAGUGGCAUUGUGCAGCGUGUAACAAGUCCUGUAACUCAAUGCAGACGUUUGAUACCCACUGUGCCAGUACCAAACACACAAACAAAGUCAACAACCAGAAGCUGGAAUCAGUCAAACAGUUGGAGCAGGUGGAGAAAGUAGAACAACAGUCUGAUCAGGCGGGGAACUCUUCAGAGGAACCACCACCUCCCCCCAACAAGCGCCGUUCUAAACCUCUCAAGAUUGAGAGAGAGGUUGUUAUCCCAGAUUUGUAUCAAUGUAAAGUGUGUAAUUUUGGAACUUCUGAAAAGUUCCUGAUCGACAAACACUACGAAACAGCGAGUCACCGAGCUAAUAAGUUACUGAAGAGAAGACACGAUGAACUGUACAGAGUGGCUGACGUUGGUAAAUGUGAACAUAAAGGUGUCGACUUAGGAGAAAUAGUGCCUCUUAAUGCCAAAGGUACAGUAUGUUGUGAGGUAUGUGAGCUUAGUUUUGCACACGCCCUUCUCCUGGAGAUACACAAGCGAGGCAAGCUUCACAAGGAGUUCACAUCUAGACUGCAGGGUGCACUCGAACAGGCUGUCAAGAUACAGGAGAAAGCAGAUACCCCGACUAUAAAGGGAGGUCACCACUGUGACGCUUGUAAUAUUCACACUAGCUGUCUGACUCGUUAUCUAGCCCACGUCUCUAGUAAAGAUCACAGAAAGAUGAUGACACAGCUAGCUAAAAGAGGUGUAACAGCUGGUGUAACAGCUGGUGUAACCGCAGGUGUAACAGCAGGUGUAACAGCUGACACCUCACAACAGUGUGAACCCACAGCUCCCCCCACUCCCAUAGCUCCUGAACAAUCAGUUCCAAACAUAGGGCAGCAACCUCAAGGUGAACUCCCUACCAGUACCGGGGAAUCUAGCAAACAUUCUGAAGAACCAAUGAAAGUUCAGAAAAAGAAGAAGAAGAAAAAUAAAGAUCCCUCAGACAUCCUACGUAUCAAAGACUAUUUACAAGGUUUACCUUCUGAUGGUAUCCCACCUGAAGCUGUACGUGAGGACGGACGAUUCGAAUGCAAGUUGUGCUCGGUGGUGGUACAAAAACAACACUCGUUCAUCCAACACAGUCAGAGUAGAAAGCACCGUAACAAGACCAAUAUCGCGGCUGAAACUUCCGCUGGAGCCACGGGGCCAAAGAACAAUACCGAGGUGUUCUGCUGCAAGAUGUGUGACGUGUCGUGCCCUACCGGGGCGGACACACUGGCACACCUCUCCUCAAAGGAGCAUACCCAGGGACCUGCACUAAAGGUAGCCAAGAGGGACAAAAAGGAGACUGAAGGAGAUGAGGAGAAUGAUGAUAGGGAGGAGCUGGAUGCUUCAGAAAUUACAAACAAGUUCUUCUGUGAUGUUUGCAGUGUGGACUGUAGAACUGAGUCCUCCUUCAACCUGCACAUGAAGGGUGUAAAGCACAUGAAGAAACUUACAGCUCUAACGGACGAGGCUGACACCGUGAUGGGUAAUGUGGAUUGUGGCAACAGUGGGGUAAGAAAGAACCUGUCCUGUCCCAAAUGUCAAGUGCACUGUAAGAGCAUAACAAACUACGAGCAGCAUUGUGCUAGCUUCGAGCAUCUGAAGAAGAUGUCACUAGUCACAUUCCCAACUCAUUACCAGGGUUACAAUACUGACAGAGGCCUUGCCAAGUAGCUGGUAACAUGGGAAUAAGGGAUGACACUGAUAAGCAAGCUAUUAAAAAUCCACCCAUGCUGUAUUAUGUUUUAACUUUAAGAGUUUAAGUUAAAGAACUUAUCUUCACUAUUUACUUUUAGCUUGGCUUGGGUCCUGGAUCUUUUAAAGAUUUAAGAUUUAGACGCAUAAAUCAAUGUUAAUUGAAAUAAAUUAGUGCCAAGAGUCGACAACUGAAUUUGUUCCUG